CCCGAAAAUAGACGCAUUGGCUGUGCCUUCCGCCUCUCUCUCAAAACACAUUUUCCACCCCCACGAAGCCCAGAGGCAGCAAAAGAGGGAAACGACCCAAAGAGAAAAAGAAAAGAAAAGAAAAGAAUAACACAGGGAAAAAAGAGAACAAUUCAAAAACUCGAAAAACUCUUCAAAAAGACUCCAAAAGGAUCGGGGGAGCCCAGGAUCUCCACCGUCCCUCUCCGAUCCUCCCACCACAUGCCCCAACCAUCCCUAUCAGAUCCUCCAAUCUAAUCCUAGUUACCAUUUCCAAUUUCCCAAACUUUCCCGAUAUGAACGAAUUUCAGGGCCUCUUUGCCGCCGAUUUGGGCUUCAAACCCCAGGGUAAAUCGGCCCCAAUGGCCGCCUCCAAGUCCUCCUCUUCCUCUAAUCUCGGAUCGUCGCGCCCUCGCUCCUCCAAUUCCUUCGACGAUCGCGAUUCACUGUUUUCCUCCACGGGCGCACACCACAAAUCCCAAGAUUUCGGAGCCGGAUUCGGCGAUCUCUUCGUUUCGGCGCGGCACGCCGCCAAAUCGGAGAGCACCGCGACAACGUCGUUCGAUUUCGAUACCUUUCGCGAUUCAGGUGCGGCGAAGUCUUCUGCUCCUCUGGUCUACGACAAGCCCGUGUACGACGACGACAUUUUUGACGGCGUACCGGGGCUGAAGAGCUCGUCGUCCAGGGCUAAGUACGACGACGUUUUUGUGUCGUCUUCGUUGCCGCCCAAGGGGAGUGAUGCGUUUGACGAUCUUCUAGGGGGGUUUGGAAAGGCGGAGCGUGAGCCAAAGGGUUCGGGCGAGAAGGGAUCGGAGAGAGAGGAGAAGGGUGUUCCCGAUUUCGACGAUUUGAUACCCGGCUUUGGUGGUUCUAGUGCCCCUAGUCAAAGGCCAACUUCAGAGGCCAGUUGGUCCUCAGCACCAACUGUCAACGCAGCUAAAUCGACUUCCAAUCUGAUGGAAGACCCCUUUAAAGUGUUAGAAUCAACUUCACGUCAUGUGGGUUCAUCUCCUGAGCAAUAUGCUGAUCCAUUGGAAGAAAUUGGUAAGCUCAGCAGUUCUCAAAGCACAAAAAAUGAUGGUUUGCCUCCUGCUGAUGACAGUGUAUAUGAUGAUAUGGAUCCCUUUGAUGGCCUUGUGAAAUCUGUACCAGCAUUUUCAUCAGAGAGGAAUAACAGGGGAAAGGACAAGAGCCCUCUAAGGACAGAUGUGAACACUAGUUGGAAUAGGACUUCUGCUAGUAAAGAAUCAAUUGAGAAGACUUCCAUGAGAAGUACUGAAAUCCACUCACAGAAGAAGUUGCCUGUUGAAAUUAAUCAAGAGUCUCACCAGAACCUGUUUGACAUGCCAACAUUUUCAACCGAUUCCCAUAAAUCUUUUGGUCAAACAGCUUCUCCCCCUUCCUAUAUGAAUGCUAGUUCACAGGAGGCAAAUGUUCAGGUGGAUAUGUCUCCUAGAUCUGAAGAAAAAUCGGAAUCAUCUGAUGAUGUAUGGCUGACUGUAUCAGAGAUUCCUCUUUUCACACAACCCACAAGUGCUCCACCACCUUCAAGACCCCCACCUCCAAGACCGGUACAUGUUUCAAAUUCAAAGGGAGGGUCAGUUUCCCCUGCUUACACAAAUUCAAGAAAGAAGGUGAAUGAGUACACUUCUUUCCCAAAUUCUGCUCAACACUUUCAGGGUCCUAAGUCAGCUCCUGUUGCAGCGAGGGACUCGGUAUCAUCUCCCUUCGAUGAAUUGGAAGAUUUUGCCAUGGGUAGGAGUCAAAAUAAUGUUGAUGAAAGUUCAAAUGGUCUUUCUAGUGAAGAAUUGGGGAUGAACUCGGCCGCUGCUGCCAUGAAGGAGGCUAUGGAUAGAGCUGAGGCUAAAUUCAGACAUGCAAAGGAAGUAAGGGAGAGAGAGAGUACAAAAGCUGCUAGAAGUAGAGAUGGUGUGCAGCAGGACAAGGAUGAGAGAACUAUGCAAGAUGAGAGAGCACUAAGAGAGAAACAAGAAAGGUUAGACCGUGAACGAUUGCAGAGGGAAAGGGAAGAGGAAGAGAAGGAACAAAGAAGACUUGAGAACGAGAGGGAGAGAGGUAGGGAACUUGAAAGGGAAAGGGAGGAGAAGGAGAAAGAACAAAGGAGAAUUGAGAAGGAAAGGGAGAAAGCAAGGGAGAUUGAGAGGGAAAGGGAAAAGGCCAGACACGCUGUGGAAAGGGCUACUAGGGAAGCACGGGAAAGAGCAGCUGCUGAUGCUCGCACAAGAGCUGAAAAAGCAGCUGUUGAGAAGGCAAAUGCUGAAGCUCGGGAUCGUGCUGGAAGGGCUGCUGUCCAGAGGGUCCAAGCUGAAGCUCGUGAAAGGGCAGCUGCAGAUGCGAAGGAAAGAGCUGAAAAGGCUGCUACAGAAGCCAGGGAAAGGGCAAAUGCGGUAGCAAGGGCUGAAGCUGACGCACGAGCAAGGGCAGAACGAGCUGCUGUAGAAAGGGUUGCCGCAGAGGCUCGGGAAAGGGCUGCAGCUGAGGCUCGGGAAAGGGCCGCAGCCGCUAGGAUGAACCAACAAAAGAAUGAAAAUGAUCUCGAAUCUUUCUUUAGCAUGGGUGGUCGAGCAACCAGUGCGCCAAGGCCUAGGGCUAACUCUUCGGACCCGCUGUUUGAUACCCAAUUUCAGAACAGGCAAGAGCCUGAAGUGGCAAGGAAAUCUGCCACGACUUCCUCAAACAUUAGGAAAGCAAAUUCGACAACAAAUAUUGUGGACGAUCUUUCUUCAAUUUUUGGAGCUGCUCCAUCAUCUGGAGAUUUCCAGGAUGUUGAAGGGGAAAGUGAAGAAAGACGAAGGGCAAGGUUGGAACGCCACCAAAGGGCCCAUGAGCGUGCGGCAAAAGCAUUGGCUGAGAAGAAUCAGAGGGACCUUCAAACUCAGAGAGAUCAAGCCGAGAGACAUAGGAUUGCCGAAACCCUGGAUGUUGAGAUCAAGCGUUGGGCUGCGGGGAAGGAGGGGAAUUUGCGUGCUUUGCUUUCAACUUUGCAAUACGUGCUCUGGCCUGAAUGCGGUUGGCAGCCAGUUUCUUUAACUGAUAUGAUUACAGCGCCUGCAGUUAAAAAGGUUUAUAGGAAGGCUACCUUGUGCAUCCACCCUGAUAAGGUGCAACAAAAAGGCGCCACUCUUCAACAGAAAUAUGUUGCGGAGAAGGUUUUUGACCUCCUUAAGGAAUCUUGGAACAAGUUCAAUUCAGAGGAGCUUUUUUGAAAUUUAUCAGGGUUUUUCCAUAUCAAAUUAAUUCAUUGGGGAAAGGGAAAUGAACGUGUGGUCUGGGACUUUCCUAUAGUGUUACCGAAUUUGAUUGAAGUUGAAAGUGUAUCUACCGCAAUUGUAAGCUUCCUUCUAUAUAUAGCCACCGAGAUGCCCGAGUGCCAUAGUUGUUCUUCCUGUGUAUGAAAUCCAGAAUGGCUGCUUGAUGUAAAAUAGUAUUUUCUGGGAAUCAUGCCCUUCAAUGAGAAAGCCAAUCUGUUUUUUGUUAGUUAUUUUUUACUUUGUGAUAUAGUACAAUUCAUUGAUAUGUAAGAUUGACAUGGCAGUGUGCCAUUGAGUUGAGAAUUUAAUUAUGAUGAGGAUCUUCCGUGUGUGUUGAUUUGGUAUUA